GGUUAACUAAGAUAAUGUUUUUGAAAGAAGCUCAGCAAGGCUACAUUUAUUUGAUAAAAAAUACAGUAAAAAUAGUAUUGAAGUAAUAUUUAUUCCCGUGAUAUCAAAGCUGAUUGUUCAGCAGACGUUAGGAUGCUCCUGUUUUCAGUGUCACUUGAUCCUUCAGAAAUUAUUCUAAAACACUGAUUUGGUGCUGAAGAAACAUUUCUUAAUAGUGUUAAAAAUGGCUGAAAAGGCUAUGUAAUAUUUUUGUGGAAACAGGCAUUUUUAACAGGAUUCUUAGAAGGUUCUUUGAAAUAGAAAUCUUAUGUAUUAAUUCAAAAUGCUGUAUCAGCAUUCUGUAUACAACAUUCUGUAUCAAUUCAAUGCAUCCUUUCAGAAAAAAAAACAUACCGACCCCAAACUUUUAACCAGAAUCCCUGAAAUUAUUACAUAUUUUUGAGAUGGUGAGGAUUGUUUUUUUUUUUUGUUUUUUUUUAUCGGAUAUAGCUGGUUUGUACAGAAGACAAAAGUUAUUUGUAGGCCAUUUAUUCUAUUUCUUAAAUGCCUUCACACAAGACUAUGAGCAUGAGUCUUACAACCUAUUUGACAGUACAGUAAUGCGAAGUUUUGUAAAUGUGAUAUAAGAAAAAGGAUAGGGUUACUGAAAUGUUGAAGAGAUCCGUGUCAAAAAGGAUUUCUUAAGAUUCUUUGUGUGUGUGAUCAAGUGUGCAUAGUGCUUGUUCUAGUAUUUUAGUCAGAUCAAAAACGUCAUGGAGCAAAGUUCGGUUAUCGUACUGCAGUGACUAUCAAGAUAAAAGCUAGUAUUACUUGAAGCAACUUGAACCUUCAGACCUUUGUUUUAUGGCAUGCGCAGUUAAGGAGGUGGGAAUAGGAGGAAAAGCGAGACCUGAUCCCAGCCCAUACUAAUGCAUUCCCAGUGCUUCCUGGUGCUGCAUCAGAGUAAAGUCUGUGAGCUUGUCAAACUCUGAGCUGCCAGUGGUACAUUUCCUGUUGUUGACAGGCAAGGAGCACAGCAGAGGCUGCACUGAGCUGCGUGUAGGGACUCGCAUUUUAUCAGCUGGAGUGCACACAGACACACUCAGAGAGCACCCCUUCACAGGAAGAGCUGCUAUCACUUCUCAGAUACUCAGACGCAGAGGAAGCACUGACACUGAACCUCUUACCAACGGCCCAGAAACAGGAGCUGCUCCACAGAUGGACUGACUCCCUCCAUCAAGAGUCUGACUGAUGAAAACAAGUGGGAUCUGCUUUGUUAUUUUUGUCUGUUUUAACCUGAUCUGAGUGUCUACCCAGGAAGUGUUAUGGUUUUUUUCUCCAUGGGAUCGGAUAAAACCUCAUCUUCAGUCAUGCAGCCUGAGGACCCUGUUCGCCAGGACAUGCAGUUCUACUAUGUGGGUGACUAUACGUGGGCCACCAUGCUGGGACAGAGCGUGAGGCUGCUGCCUGUUUCCAUCCAAAGCCUCUCGGAGCUGGAGAGAGCACGUCUGCAGGAAGUGGCCCUUUACCACUUGGAAAGAAGAGACCUGGACUUUAAGAUCAGCAUCCCUAGAGAGAUUCGUAAAAGGAGGAAAUCACUACGGAGAAAGUUUGACUCCUUCUCAAAAGAAAAGAAAGAGCGAGAGUCUGCAGCCAAAGCAUUCGGUAUCCCGCUCGCCCAGGUAAUUGCAAACGACCGGGCAUACAAGCAACGGCUGGAUGCCCUGAAAGAGAGCCGACGGGACUGUCUGGACCUGGAGGCCAGUGUUCUUCACUUCCGUGCCGAGAAAUGGCAGCACAAUGGAAACCAGCCACUGGCCAAUACAGUCUUAUCACCUGAUGCUGCCUCCUCACCAGCACUGGAGGCCCACAGCAAACCUCCCUCAUCAGCGUUCAUGGACAACACCUCACGCACACACAGACGGGGAGGGAUGUCUGUGGACUCUAUCUCUGAUAUGGUUGAGAGUCAGUCCAGACUACUUGAAGCUCUGCAGCUCUCUCACCCUAAUGAGCUGGAGUUGAAAAAGGCUGCUGGUCACAAACGCAGUCUCAAUCCCAUCUACAGACAAGUUCCCCGUGUGGUAGAGCGCUGCUGUAAACACAUUGAGACCUACGGGUUAAAAACUUUGGGGAUUUUCCGCGUAGGCAGCUCCAAAAAAAGAGUCCGUCAACUGCGCGAGGACUUUGACAUGGGGAUAGAUGUCGUGUUAGACGAAGAGCACAGCGUUCAUGACGUGGCUGCAUUACUGAAGGAGUUUCUGAGGGACAUGCCUGACCCCCUGUUACCACGAGAACUGUACCGGGCCUUCCUGCACGCUAACCAGUUGAGGGGGGCAGAUCAGUUGACAUACCUGCAGCAGUUGUUGUACCUGUUGCCGCCCUGUAAUUGUGACACCCUGCUGAGGCUCUUGACGCUUCUUCAUACAGUACAGGAGAAUGCAAAAAGCUCUACUGGGCCCAACCAGCAGGAGAUCUCAGGUAAUAAGAUGACGGCAGCAAACCUGGCAGUGAUCUUUGGGCCCAAUCUCCUGCAGAAAGAGAGAGGAUCAGAGAGAGAGCUCAGUCCUCAAGCUCUGGGCAUAGAAGACAGCACUGUCAUCAUCUCCGUCACCCUGAUGCUCAUCCAGAACCACCAACAUCUCUUCAUGGUGUCUGCUGAGCUGCAGCAGGAGGUGCUCAUGAGCCUCAUUCAGACGGACCCUGAUGUCAUUGACUAUCUGCUGCGCAGGAAACUCAGUAGUAGCAGCCUGACAAUGGAGACAGACUCCGGUGGAAGGAGGGACACUCAGGCAUCGCUGGACUCUGUGGGUCAGUCCAGUGAUGACCUUUCAUCGCUGGAGCCACUGUCUCCUCUUUACCCAGAGACAUCUUCGAUCGGAAGUCUGAGCAGUGAGGUCUUCCUCAAUGUGCUUCAUCUUAACACCAAGAGGAAACGUUCCUCUGAGGUCCCACCCAAGUCCAUUGGUAAAAUGAGGCAGUUUCAUUCCCACCACAACCUGUUAAGUCUGUCCCAGUCCUCUUCUAAUGCCCAGAGUGAAGAGGGAGAGCUGCAGGAGCAAAGACAAGGCAGUUCAAGGCACACGUGCUCAGAGGAGCACCUUCAUUUCAGUCUGGGACGGCAGGACAACGGUUCUCAACCACAGAGUCCGAGAGAGAAAGGCAUCUGGGUACGACAAAACUCCAACGCCUCAUCCACGAUGUCAAACGACAGCAAACCACCAAGCAACUUCUGGGACUUUUUCACUGGCAAAAUACCUGUUGUCAGAAGAAGCCCUUCGCUGCAAAACGUCUUCAACGACCAUUCACAAUCUGAGAAAAAUUAGAUGAAAUGGAAGAUGUUUUUGGAAGAAUGAGACAUUUUUUGAUCACUUUUAACCAUUUGGAGAACAUGCUCUGAACGCAUGGCAUCACUGAACCACAAGGGGGUGAUAUUUACAUGAAAGUUGCAUAUGAAUAGAUCCUGUAUAAAUAUUUGAAGUUACCUGGACUCUGCUGGGGUGGAUCAAAAGCAGGGGUUCCUCCAAUAAGAAUAAAACUCUUCAGAGUGAGUACUGCCAUUUCUAGAAGCAGUCUAAUGGCCUACAAACUUUACAAACUAAAAACUCACUGUAAUCCCAGAUCAACCUAUUCAGCUCAAAUACAAGACUGAUCAAGAACUCAAGUUCAUUUACGAAAGGACAAAAUAUCUAUAGACUGAGUUGGAGCAAGGCCUUCUUUGUGCACAACCUGAGGAACAAGGUAGUUUCUCUACUCAUUUACUAUUAAUCAUUUUAUUUGAUUUUAAUCAUUUUUAUCAUGAUUUUAAUCAUUUUUAUCAUGAUUUUAUCUAAUCAUUUUUAAAUAAUCUUAGAAUUAUGUUAUCAUUUUAAAGGUGCAUUUAGUACUACUUCAUGUAGCAUUAGAUCACCACGACAGUCUCGGCAGUCUACAUAAUGAGACAUAAAGAAUACAUAAAGCAAUUUGGGCUUCCCACUCCCCCCUCAGUUUCAUAUAGACUCAUCAAAUCUUUCCAACUUUUGUAUGCCGUAACGAUGUUCCUGCUUUCCUGUGGAGCUGGGCUACUUUUAAACUCUUGCUGCGGGAUCCACCUAUGGUAUAUUACAUAAAUUAUGUUUGACUGAAAUAUUUUUUAUUCUACCAGUGAAAAAAAAACUGCAGAAGAUGUUAACUUUUGUGAAGAAUGGUAUGUGCCUUUGAACUGUGGUCACUUGUAUAACAGUGACUGUUAAUGUAUUUUAGAUAUGGGAAUUGCAUAUUUUGAGAUUUAAUAUUUUGGAUAUGGUCAUUGGGCUAUUUUUGCGUUAAUUUGUUUGGCCGGGCUAUUUCGUUAUGCAUAGCUGGUAACCCUGAUACUAUGCAACUAGAGUAACUACGGAGGCGACGGCCAAUGAGCGUGAGGAUUUUCUCAGUCUUUUAUAAUUCUUUAGGCUUUUUUGAGUCAGUCUUCGUCUUAUGUGAGUGUACAGCAUUAAAAUGACUCUUCACAAAAUCACAGUAUAUUUCUUAAUGUAUACAAUUUUUUAACUUUUUCCCUUCCAAACACAGAAUUUUCGGGGUUUCCGCGUUUUCACUGUUAUACGCUCGGGGGCGCUAUUACACAUCUCCUGAGUGAGUGCAGAAUCUCCCGAUUUCAAAAACAGGUGAGGAAGACGCAGAAACGAGUGAUCUCAUGUGUAAUAUGAAAAAAUAAUGCGACCAUCAACAACAAACAGCAUAUAAAUGAAAACUGCCUAAAUUAAAUGACAAUCCCGGAAGUGGUAAAGGACUGUGAAGCUUUUGCUGGUGGAAGUGAUCUACUGCAUCUUUGCAUUGAUCAUCGAACUGAAUAUGAUUCAGAUAGUGUUUGAUAAAAAUGCUCAAAAUGUUGCUUUUUUAUUAAACUUACCUUCAUUCAAGUAUUGAUAAAAAAUAAAAAAUGCUUGAAGCUAGAAUGCAUUUUUUAGAGUAGAGGCUCUAUGUUACUUUAAGUGUCUGCAAAUAAGUUUUGUGAAAAUUUACCUUCAUGAAAGUAAAUACAUGCUGGCACAAGCUAUGAUUGCUUGAAACCACAUGGGUGUUGCCUAGUUUAAUAAGGUAAUAAAGAAACACAGACUAAAUGAA